AUGUUGUCUCUAUAUGCGUUUGCAAUGACCUUCUACAACAAAAACAACCCUGUGGUCGCAAAGCGAACCUUCAACGAAGAGGCUUUUAGUAUCAAGUUUGAAAGUAACACUUUAUUGAGGAUUCUUGUCCUCAUGUGUUUCUCUCUUACCAUAACUAUCUCAUCUGGAGCCAACACCAUAUCUGCAAAUCAGUCUCUGUUGGGAAACCAAACGAUCAUAUCCGAAAGAGGCGAGUUCGAGCUGGGUUUCUUCAAAGCAGGUAAGUCUUCCAACUAUUACAUAGGCAUCUGGUAUAAAAAGGUCGAUUCCAAUCCUCCCACCAUAGUUUGGGUGGCUAACCCAGAAACACCCAUCUCUAAUAUAUUCCAAUCAGAAUUAAAAAUCAUAAAUGGUAACUUAGUGCUCUUGAAUGAGUCCAAGUUCCAGAUUUGGUCUACAAAUGUCUCCACCACCACCACUUUGAUGUCUGCAAUAGCUGUUCUUCUUGAUGAUGGUAACUUAGUUUUGAGAGACUCCAGUUCAAAUUCAGUUGUACCUGCAGUUUGGCAAAGUUUUGACCACCCAACUCAUACUUGGUUGCCUGGUGCUAAACUUGCUUAUGAUAAUAGAACCAAAAAUAGCCAGCUUCUUACAUCAUGGAGAAGCAAUGAAGAUCCUGCUGUAGGGCUCUUUUCUUUGGAGCUUGACCCGUCUACUACAGAGUACCUAUGCAAGUGGAAUGGCUCCCAGCAAUAUUGGACGAGUGGGCCUUGGAAUGAGAAUUUGGGCAGAUUUGAUAAAGUACCUGAAAUGAGGUUGAAUUACAUUUAUAAUUUCAGCUAUCAUACAAAUGAGAAUGAGAACUACUUCACUUAUUCUGUGUAUAAUUCUACCAUUAUAUCCAGAUUUAUAAUGGAUAUUUCUGGCCAUGCACAACAACAAACAUGGUUGGAAGCUACCAAAGAGUGGAAUCUGUUUUGGACUCGACCUAGAACACAGUGCGAGGUGUAUGCUUGGUGUGGGGCUUUUGGGAUUUGCAGGCAAACUGAAUUACCGUUUUGUAAUUGUUUGACUGGCUUCAAGCCUAGAUCAGAGAGUGAAUGGAAUCAGAGUGAUUUUUCUGGUGGGUGUGUGAGAAAAACUGAGUUGCAGUGUGGGAGAAAUAUGGAAAAACCUGAUUUUCUGAUGAUUAGUAUCAAGAGUCUGCCUCAAAAUAAAUUCAUGGCAGUUGGAAGUGCCCGAGAUUGUCAUACCACCUGUUUAAACAAUUGCUCCUGUAAUGCUUACUCUUUUGUCGAUAAUAAAUGUUUGGUUUGGGAUGGAGAUAUCUUGAACCUCUCAGAAGACAAUAAUAAUGGGAAACAAGUUUAUGUCAAAGUUGCUUAUAAAGAUCUUCCACAUCAUAACAAGAGUAAUCAGGUCACCAUGGGAGCUGUUGUUGGGUCCAUUGGAGUUGCAGUUUUUGUCUUGGGUCUAUUUUCGCUUUCGGUCUAUAGAAAAAAGAGAAUAUCGGUGGGUAAGACAAGAAUGGAGGGAUCAUUGGUGGCAUUUGCAUACAGAGAUUUAAAAAUAGCAACAAAAAAUUUCUCGGACAAAUUAGGAGGAGGUGGCUUUGGUUCUGUUUUCAAGGGAGUAUUGCAUGAUUCGUCCAUUGUAGCAGUGAAAAAGCUUGAAAGCAUCAGCCAAGGAGAGAAGCAAUUCAGAAGCAAAGUUAGCACAAUCGGUACUAUCCAACACGUUAAUCUUGUACGCCUUCGUGGGUUUUGUGCACAAGGUAACAAUAAGCUGUUGGUCUAUGAUUACAUGAAAAACAUUUCUCUGGACACCCAUCUUUUCCAUGGAAAACAAAUUUUAAACUGGGAAACGAGAUAUCAGAUUGCACUUGGAAUUGCAAGAGGCUUGGUUUAUCUACAUGAGAAGUGCAGAGACUGUAUCAUUCACUGUGACAUAAAGCCAGAAAACAUUCUUUUAGAUGCCGAAUUCUGUCAGAAAAUUGCUGAUUUUGGUUUAGCAAAGCUUGUUGGUCGAGACAUUAGUAGGGUUUUGACGACUAUAAGAGGGACACAAGGGUAUCCAGCACCAGAAUGAUUAUCAGGAGUGGCUGUCACAACCAAAGCGGAUGUUUUUAGCUAUGGGAUGAUGCUUUUUGAAUUAGUUAAUGGUAAGCGAAAUGCAGAGCAAUCUGAAGAUUCAAGGAGUCCAUUCUUCCCUUGUUUAGUUUCUAAUGUUCUGAAGGUGGGAGGUGAUAUCCUUAGCUUGGUAGAUAGUAGGUUAAACAGGGAAGCUAGUGUUGAAGAAGUCUCAAAAAUUUGCAAAGUUGCAUGUUGGUGUAUCCAAGAUGAGGAAGACAGUAGGCCUUCAAUGAGUUUGGUGGAACAGAUCCUUGAAGGGAUUAUGGAUGUGAAUAUGCCUCCGAUCCCUCGAUCUGUCACGUUAUUUGUUGAUAACACCGAGCAUGUUGUUUUCUUCACGGAAUCACCCUCAAAGGGGAGUUCAGAGGUAUACAGUAGCUGUUCCCCCCAGAGCUCCUCUUCUUGA